ACAGCAGCAUAUAGAUAUUUCCCCUCCCUCUCUCUAACCAAAACAAGCCUAAACAAAUUCUGUCCACACGCGAGAGACAGAGAUGGAAGGCGAAGUGAAGAACGUGAUUUUAGUAUGGAGUACAGUGGUGGCAUCCUUAUGCUACUGCCACAGAGUCGGCAAACUCUUCCCCUCAGAGACGGUGCUGGCCCUUGUUGCUGCCUUAACUAAAGCGUUGCUCCAUGUCGAGCUGGAGGAGCAGUCCAAUGAGCCUUACCUGGCUACCUCUCUCCAAGAUUUCUGGGGCAGAAGAUGGAAUUUGAUGGUUCCCAAUAUUUUACAGCCCACUGUGUACCACCCUGUGAGGUCGGUUGCCACCCGGUUCAUGGACAGGAAAUGGGCUGCAAUCCCUGGAGUCUUGGCUACUUUCUUGGUUUCGGGCCUGAUGCAUGAGCUGGUUUUGUAUAACAUAGGGAGACUGAGGCCCAGUGGAGAGAUGAUGUGCUUCUUUCUGCUACAUGGGGUGUCUUUAUCAUUAGAAAUUGUCAUCAAGAAAAUCUUGCGUGGCAAAUUUUCUCUACCCGGAAUUGUUUCCGGGCCGUUAACGCUGGCGUAUGUGAUGUACACCAGUUUUUUGCUGUUCUUUCCGCCAUUUCUAAGGUCUAAGGCCGACGUUAAGGGAUGCACUGAAUCUCUUGCGUUCAUAGAGUCCAUCAAGAAUCACCGGCUCGUCAGCCCGAAUGACAUCUCUUGUCCGUUCCUCUAAAAAUUCCG